AUGAAGUUAGUACGAUUCUUGAUGAAGUUGUGCCACGAGACGGUGGAAAUCGAACUGAAGAACGGCACUCAAGUUACGGGUACCAUCAUUGGUGUUGAUGUGGCCAUGAAUAUGCAUUUGAAGAACGUAAAAAUGACCUUCAAAGGAAAAGAUCAGUUGUCGAUGGACAGCGUUUCGAUCAGAGGUAAGGUCCAUCCUUUUUUGUUGAUCUAUUCUUUUAGGAAACAACAUCCGUUACAUUAUUCUUCCCGAUACAUUAGCCCUGGACACUUUGUUGAUGGACGACGAGCCCAAGAAGAAGCCAGCUCGCGGAAAGAGUCGAUUUGCCGGAGCUCGAGGUCGUGGUGGUCGAGGCAGAGGUCGUGGCAUCCGAGGGCGUCAUUAG